CGCUUCAUCUCCAAGCGACGCCUUCCUCUCUCCGAUCCGACGUCCCCUUCCUCUCGUUCGUCGCAAUCCGUUGCUCCUCGCUCGAUCUCUCUCCCCUUCUUCUACACUAUGUUCAAAAAAAGGAUCAGUUGGAGAUGAAUGGAUAACAUUGCGACUGGUAAUGCAUAAAGGGAGUGUAAAUGCUGCUGUGAAGCUCCGAAGCAGAUUCUCCCUGGAGGAUAUAUCUGCACAAAACCAAGUGAAGGCAUCCGUACAACGGAAGAUUCGUCAAAGCAUUGCUGAUGAGUACCCUGGUCUUGAACCUUUAUUAGACGACAUACUCCCUAAAAAGGCGCCUCUGAUUGUUACAAAAUGUCAAAAUCAUCUGAAUCUUGUGGUGGUGAAUAAUGUGCCACUUUUUUUCAACAUUCGUGAUGGACCUUAUAUGCCAACGCUGAGGCUUCUUCAUCAAUAUCCAGAUAUAAUGAAGAAGUUUCAAGUAGACAGAGGUGCUAUCAAGUUUGUCCUAUCAGGUGCAAACAUAAUGUGUCCUGGUCUCACAUCCCCUGGCGGUACAUUGGAUGAGGAAGUGUUGGAGGAAACACCUGUGGCCAUAAUGGCUGAAGGAAAGCAACAUGCAUUGGCUAUUGGGUAUACAAAACUAUCAGCAAAAGACAUAAAGACUAUCAACAAGGGAAUUGGAGUUGAUAAUAUGCACUAUCUGAAUGAUGGUCUUUGGAAGAUGGAACGGUUGGAGUGAGUGGAAUAAUUUAAUAAGUAUAAAGUCCCAAGCGUUUGCAGGCAAAUCCUUGGAAGGGAUGCAUACCACCUUUUUCCCAGCAGUCAAUUAUGAUGUAUGAAAUCACACUUAUAUAUUAAUGGACUAUGAUCGUGCCAUUUUUUGUGAGAUUGAUUUUAGACUUUUAUCAUCACUAUUACUCAGCAAAAGAUUUUUAUUUUUAGACUUUUGUGAUUUGAAGGAGUGACAGAAAAAGUUAAUUUGGCCGUUAAAAUAGAUUUGGUAAUUGAAUGUUUGUGCAA